AUCAGUUUUUGAAUUGCAGACACUCAGUUCUGAAUUUCUAAUCGAAAGCAUACUACCAUGGCGAAGGGACUCGGUGCCCAAAACCUACCGGCCGACGUGACUCAGGUGAUCGAUCAGCUGGAGCGCCACUGCUUGGCACCCGAUGGAUCUCUCGUCUCCAAAUCCGCCUACUACGAUCUCCAACUAGCCAGAGAGGAAAUGUCGAGGGAGAGACUACGUUACUUAGAAGCCAUGGCACUGUAUUGCGAGGCAGUUGCGAUGGUGGAAGAGUUUCAGCAGGCUGUUUCAGCGGCCAACUUUGGAGGAAUUCGAGAGGUUCAGGGCCUAUAUCCACAGCUUGGUUUGAAGAACUCUCCUCAGGUUUAUGAGGCUCUUGAGCACAAGCUGGUCGUUGCAGAAGCCAAUCAAAGGUUAAGGCUUCCACUUAUUUCUAAAGAUGGUGAGAUUCAGGAGGAAGAAAUUGAGAAAUGUAGUAUAAUGUCAAGAAGCUCCCUUGAUAGUACGAGUACCAGCGUCACUAUAAGCUCAAGCUCAAACUCAAACUCAAUGAACUACACAAAUAUUUCUGCAAUUGGGACUGGUGGUACGACAAAUAAUGCUCUUUCUGGUGGUGCUACUGAUGCAGCAGAUCCUGGAGUUGGUGGUGUUCCUAAUCGAUUCCUUGGAAUAACAGCUGUUUACUUGCGACAAACUCAACUCCAGCAUGCACCACUAUCUACGGACAUGGCAGAAUACCAGAUGUCACUUUUCCAUGAGAUAGAGAGCCGUUUAAAAGCAAAAUGCGAUAAGUUAGCUGAUGCCUGCAUAUUAGAUGAGUUUGAUGUCUCCUCAACUGGUAAUCCAAAUACAAGUGCUCGACUUCCAGAAAGAGUAAAGUUAAUUAUUGAGGAUAUUGAGAGGGAAGAAACAGCUCUGCAAGAGGAUCUAUAUUCUGUGGAUAGAAAAUUCGUGGAGUAUUACAAUGUUUUAGAGCAGAUACUUGGUGUGCUUAUCAAGCUUGUCAAAGAUUUGAAGUUGGAACACCAACAUAAAUACGAUGAGUUGCAAAAAACUUGGCUUUGCAAAAGGUGUGAGACCAUGAGCGCAAAAUUGAGUGUUCUGGAGCAUAUUCUCCUGCUUGAGACUUAUACUCAGGAAUCAAUUCCAGCACUCCACAAAAUAAGGUGAAGGAUAUGACUUACCCAAAUUGUAUUGAGUUUAUGAUUCAGUGAGAAAUUGUUACUAGUUUUUCUUGUUUUUCAGGAAAUAUCUGGUUGAAGCUACCGAAGAAGCUUCCCUGGCAUACAAUAAAGCUGUAUGCUUCUUUAGUAUUUAGUUUUUUACUAUAUUGCCAGAUAGUUUGUUCAUGAGUGUGCAUCUUCUUUUUUUUUGGGUACUGAGCAUACUCCUUUUUUUAAGCAACAGAAGAUUUUAGAGAUGUAUGAUAGUAACUUAGUUAUCACACACUUCUCUAAUCUCCGCGUGGUUGAGUCUAUGAGGGAUCCAUUGGCUGGUGAGGCCAAUUUCUAUGGAUGCUUGGAAGAGUUAUAUGUUUAUUUUUGUCCUUAUCUUUCAAUAUACUAGUCCAAGGUGUAAAUCAGGUUGCAAUUUACCUAGAAGAUUACGUAUUUAGGUGUAUUCGUAUAUAUGUGAUUUAACUGGGAGGAAACCCAGAUAAACAAAAGAAAAAAAAUAAAUAACUAUUUUGCUAUGUCUGACAAUUUUCUAUCAAAAGGCCAAAGGAUAUGACCCUUUAUUUAUCUCCUUUCAUAGGGAUUAUAAUAGUAUUUGUGACUAUGUGUGUGUGUUUUGUGAGUUGCUGUCUUCUCUUUUUUGGUCGUGUUAGCCUCACAAAAGUUCUAAUGGUUAAAAUUGUUACCAGGUUACACGUCUUCGGGAGUACCAAGGUGUUGAUCCUCACUUCGACACAAUUGCAAGGCAGUACCAAGACAUUGUUAAGAAAUUGGAAAACAUGCGAUGGACAAUUCACCAAGUUGAAAUGGACCUGAAUCGCUUACCUGAUCACCCAAGCACGUAAUGUAUCUUGUUGCAUUUGGUUUUGUAUUUUUGAGAUUGUACUUUCAUACUGCAUUGAAAUUAACAUGGAGUUGUUUUGUGAAUCGUGCAUAUGAUAUUGGGAAAGAAAAAAAGAAGAGAUGAUCUUGAUUAUUCUGUGCAUGUUUGCACCUGCGUUUCUUGCAUUCAUGCAAUAUUAUCAUUUGAUCACGAGAACCAUGUGUUACUUUAAAGUAAAG